AUGGCGCAGCCCAGCACGGGUUACAUUUUAGUCAGUUCCCGGGGGGCCGGCGCUGCCCCAGGCCCCUGUCCCACGCCGCUCGCAGCCCGCCGGGGGAGCGCCCGCAGNUGCCGACCCCCGAACGGGGUUCUGCCGCCCGUCAUCCCCCGGCUCACCGUCACCGCCGAGGAGAGCGAGGAGGCGCAGGGCAGCCCCCAGGCGCGGCCGGCGCGGCCGGAGCGCGGCGGGCUGAGGACGGGCAGCUCGCUGCACCUGCAGUCCCGCAGGCUGUCCAACUCCUCGGUCUCCUCCACCGGCUCCUCGUCCCUCCUGGAGGACUCGGAGGACGACGUGCUGAGCGACACGGAGUGUAGGAGCCAGGGCAUCGUGCACUUGGAGCACGGCGAGGACACGAGCCAGUCUCCUGUGUCAGAUGCUCAAAAUAAAAUUUUUCCAGGCAUUUCCCAGCAGAAAAAGGCAUGGCAUACAAUUAAAACCAUGGUUAACUUACCAGUCAUCAGCCCCUUCAAGAAACGCUACUCAUGGGUGCAGCUGGCUGGGCAUACAGGGAGUUUCAAGGCAGCUGAUAGUGGGAAGAUUCUCAAACGCUUGUCAGAGAAUGAAAAGGAGUGUUUUGAGCGAUUGAUGAAAGACCCACUACGCUCCUGUGUCCCUUGCUUCCAUGGUGUGGUGGAAAGAGAUGGCGAGAGCUACAUCCAGCUGGAUGACUUGCUUACUGAUUUUGAAGGACCAAGUGUGAUGGACUGCAAGAUGGGGAUCAGAACAUACCUGGAGGAAGAGUUGACUAAGGCCCGAGAGAAACCAAAGCUGCGUAAGGACAUGUACAAGAAAAUGAUUGAAGUGGAUCCUCUUGCUCCCACUGCUGAAGAGAAUGCCCAGCAUGCUGUCACCAAACCCCGGUACAUGCAAUGGAGAGAAACCAUCAGCUCUAGUGCUAACCUGGGCUUCAGAAUUGAAGGAAUUAAGAAGGCAGAUGGAACAUGUAACACAAACUUCAAAACUACGAAGACACAGGAGCAAGUUCUACAGGUUUUUGUGGAAUUCAUUGAGGGCAACACAACCAUUCUGAAAAAAUACCUCAAACGUCUGCAGGAAAUUAAUGUCAUUCUUGAAUCCUCAGACUUCUUCAAGCGACAUGAGGUCGUAGGAAGUUCACUACUUUUUGUACAUGAUGGCAGUGGGAAUGCCAAUGUGUGGCUGAUCGAUUUUGGAAAGACCACUCUUCUUCCUGAUGGGCAGACACUGGAUCACAGGAUCCCCUGGCAAGAAGGCAACAGGGAGGAUGGGUACUUGUUGGGAUUGGACAAUUUGAUUGGCAUCUUGGAAAGCAUCACUGAAAGAUGAAUUGAGAAAGGCACAAAACUUGCAGGGCUUCUCUGUAACUUUCUGCUUUACUGAAGUAGAAGGAGACUCAGUUAGAAGGAAACUUAACUCCAAACUCUUGAGGUCAUCAGUGCAGAGGGAGCUGCAUCCAGAACCCAGCAGUCAGUGAUCAAAGUUACUUUGCAUCAGCCCUCUAUGAACCUAAAUGAGUCACUCCAAAUUGGUGUGUAUUGCACCAGAUGAACUUGAGACUGGUCCUCAGAGAAUGAAGAUCUCCAUAGUCGGGAAUCACACCAGCAUGAGUCAAGAGGUCUGUGUGGUAAACCAGAAUGAUUAUAACUUCUGGCAAAAUGGGACUCCAAAUUGCUUCUUAAAGACCAGGGCAAAUGCUUGGGACCUCAGGGCAGGAAAAACGAUUUUUCAGGGAACUGCAUAGUUUUGAAACCAGAUUGUUGGUUUUUUUCCUCUCUGAUUCCAAGUCCUCUUGCUCCUGUGUACACUAUAGGUUGGACCAACAACUUCUGUUGCAUUAUAUUACAGCGUGAGCAAGGUGCAAAUUGGUGAUAAUCACGAGAAACUGGGAGCAAAGAGAUACAGCAGUCUGUAGUGGCUUGAUGUGGCUAACUGCUGUUGACCAUUUCUCCCCUUCCCUACCCUAGCCUUGCUUCUAUCCAAGAGCAGCCUUGGCUUUUUCUGUAGCCGCUCAGGAGAUUACAAAUACUCUAGGGAGAGAAUAGGGAGCCUAUUGUCUCCAAAAACAUUUGACUUUCCAACUGGGUGGGCUGUUGGGUAUAUUACUAAGUUGGAGAGUUAAGCCUCUUGCAGCUAAACUGCAGCUCUGAAAAUCACUAAUGAUCUUUCACAAACUGGUCAGGGAACUAAGUUUUUUUUCCAAGGCUUAUUUAUUUUUGAAGAUAAAACCCCUAUACACAGGCAUACACUAGUAGUCAGCAACCAGUGUGAUCUCUUAAGAUCAUGGUUUGACUGUCUCCUAAUGCAUGUGACUUCUUGGCCGUGUUCCUGUUCUCAGAUGUGAUGCUGUCACUUACACAUAUAAAGUGGCACAGCAGUCAGGGAGGUCAUGCUUCUCCAUUCACAGCAUUACACAAUGAUAAUUCCCAGCCAUCCUUCCUCCAAGGUAUCAGCUGUUAACAGGCAGUUUGGGUGAAGGAAUGUCCAUAUAUUAUAUCUUAUAGUCCCCAUCUAGAAUCAUGGUAUGAUCUGUGCUUCAUUCUUUUGCUGUGGCCCAGGCCCAGCCACAGCCAAUUUGGUUUCUAGGUUAAAAUCAAGAAAGAUUGAAUUUUUUUCUUGCAGUAGCUUCACAUACCUUCUCCAUUGGUUGCCUCUGGUCACUGGAACAGUCUUCUACAUACUGGAGUAUAAAUACUAUCAUUAGUCACAUGUUGACUCACAUUCCAGGUUUUAACGUCAAUAACGUGGUGAUGGCGUUCUCACAAUGCAGGUAAGAGUUACAUUACCAGUUGAUGGUUAAAGCCCUUUCAACAUCGAGAGGUGUAGUAAUGCACAUUUGAUCAGAAAUUCCAGUGUUUUGCUGGUGUCCUGUGCUCAGGAAAGAGUCUGAGAACUUCGGAUAUAUGAAGGUGACUCCACUUUUGGGAAACUGCUGUUUCAAUAUUAGUUGAUGUCAUAAGCAAAAAAACUAUAGAGUCCAGAUCUGGAAUUAAAUCUGUAAUAUUUGUAAUUAGAGUUGGACAGCCUAAAAUAAUUUCUAUAAGGAGUUACUUUGGGUAACACACACUAAAAGAUCAGUCAGAUUUAAUGACUUUUUCAUCAAUUCUAAGCAAAACAGGGGUAUUGAAAAUUGAAGUUCAGUUGUGUUGGAAAGGUUAGAUGACAUAGAGUAGGUAUUCUGUAGCAAGUAAUGACAUGUGGAAAUAUUUCAUCUUAUACCAGAAGUUGUCUGAAUCUGGUAAUUAUUUUUGCAGUUCACUGCAAAUUCAGACUACUUCUACGGCCUCCCAGAGUUUCUCUGUUUUAUAUUUAUGGUAAUAUGUUAAUGAAUUUUUCACUUACAAGUUUCAGAGUGUUUACAUUAGGUUUUUUUUAAGUGACAGUUAGCACAGAUUAUAUAAUUCCAGUUGCCUCCUAACUUUUGAACUGCUGUGAGAUGACAAAUGAAUCUGUAGUGAAUUCCAUACCAUUAAAAAAAAAAAGUAUUUCUCCUUUUCUGCAGCCAAUAGGUAAGCCCCUGGAUAGCAGUGCCUAAGGAGAAUAGCAAUGCUUAAGGACAGGAGCAAGUAAAAAGGUCUCAGAGACAAUACUUCAAUGACAUUGCCUUUUUUAUGAGACUGCAAUUUCAGCUGUCCUACCAUAGUUAAAAAGAAUUAUAAAAGUUAGAAAUAAAAUUAAGAUAGAAUUCAAUUAGUGGUUUGCCUAAUUAAUCUUCAGAGUUAAAUUUCUUUCUUCUCUUACCAUGUAUGUGUAUCUUUUGCACUGAUAUAACCUAUUUUCUGGAGGAGUGGAGAUCUAAACAGUAGAGGUUGGUGCUCAAAUGUCAGCUGAGUGUUUAAGACAAACUUUUAGAAUGACUGUCCGGGAGAACUGGAACAAUGUGGUAUCAGUAGCUUCAAAGAAAACAACCCCUGGUAGCACCUGGCUGGUUUUGCAGUACAUGGUCCUGGGAGAAAACAUGGAAAAGGUUUGUUCCACUGCAGUAGCUGUAAAGGUCAGGGAAAAAAGGAAAAUCUCUGCUGUAGCAGACACGGAUCUGGAAACUCUUUCUAUAUGAUGCAUAGUUGUAUGAAGAUAGUUUUGAAAUGGCUCUUUAUCUUGCUAGGGGAUUAGAAAGAAAGAAAUCACAAUCAUCUGUUGCUGUUAUGGGAAAGGAGAGAAGGAGGCAGCUUUUCAUUGCAAACUGCAAGUGUAGGACUUCAGCUGAGCCCUGGAGCUCUAAGGAGCUGAGGCUGUGAGCUCAGGAGCAAACUGCCCCAGGGUAAAUUUUAGAUUCCUUGUUUCAUAUCAGGUGGCCCAGAGCACCUGUCUACAGACACCCACUUGCUAGUGUGAGGAAGCAGCAUGGCCUUUUUCCCCAUGGGGUAAGUUGUGUUGAAUAAGUUUACAUUUACCACAGGGUCAACAUGGUGCAUGUGCACUGGCAUGUAACACAGUGGGAGCUGAUGCAUGGUAAGCAAGGACUUUGUUCAUGUGAAAAUCCAGAAUGUAAUUCAUUAGUGCAUCUGCUGAGAUAGUGCCUCACUCUGGAGACACUGAGCAUGUGUGAUUCCACAGCAGGGUCAGAGAUGCUGGCCUAGAGGCACUUUGGUGCUGAACAGAUGACCUCUGACUUAGGCUCUGAGGUCUUUAAACUCGCUAGUUUAGUGCUGUAGCUGCUGCAUUCCUGUGAGAAACAAGAAGUAGGACUAGGACUUCUCUCCCUCAGCUUCAUCAUUGACUUGGUGUUUUUUGCCUUGGACAACUCUCCUAGGCAUUGUUUUGUUCCAAUUUACAGAUGGGAAUAGACCUGCUUACCUCAUGGGAAUGGUGUGAGGCUGCCCUUCAUUAGUGCCUGCAAGCAGCUGUGAGAUUCUUUGGAGGAAGGUGCAAUGUAGAAAGAAGUGCGCAGAAGUAGAUUGGAUAAGUUUAAAAAUGAUGGGUGUUGAGGCCCCACAGAGAUGCAAAUUUGGCUGAAAUUUAACCAAAGUGGUAAAACUUAAAUCUCUCUAAAUUUUGUACAGUGAGGUAUUCGCUUAAUGUCUGAUCCAGUUCCCAGUUAAAAGGAAAGAUUUCAAUGGGAGUUGGACCAAACCCUUAAGUAUCUCAGAGGGCUUUUGCUAAUUUUUUUUAUUGCUGUUGUUAUUAUUUGUUAUUCUUAAGGUACUGAGAUCAAAUGGCCUGUAUCAUCCACAUGCAUCCGUUCUGAACACUACAAUGCAAUGCUGACAUUGACUGUAUUGGAUGAGUGUUUGUUACUCUGAAGUGUGUAUGCUACUAAAUAAAUGAGACU